UCCCUAUGAAAGCAGCGUUGUGUUUACUCUCCUUCCUCCUCCCACACUUGCUCAUUCGGUCCUCUUCCUUGAUUAUUCCAACAAAAGAUAUCGUCACAAAUUCAGAAUCAUAUAAUGAACCCUCAUGAAGAAGCAAAGGGAGGAAAGAAAGAUGACGACGAUUCUGGUAUAGAUGUAGUUGUAGUAGAACUUUCAGGAGGAACGGACCCGAAGCUUCUGAAGAAAUCAGCCGGAAGAGAAAAGUGUUGCAUCUUUAAAAUCCCUGAGAGACUUGAAGAAAACAACAAGAAGGCUUAUGAACCGAGGGUUGUCUCAUUUGGCCCAUACCAUCAUGGAAAAUCGCAUCUCAAAAUGAUUGAAGAGCACAAACAUCGUUUCCUCGGGUUUUUCAUGGCUGAAGCUAAGAAAAAGGGUGUGGAUUCAAAAGAUCUUAUCGAAGCAGUUUCAAAGUUGGAGGGAGAUAUUAGAGAAUCUUAUUCCGAGAGCCUUUAUAACGAUGAUGAUCUGUUAGGCCGGAAGAACUUGAUUGAAAUGAUGGUUCUUGACGGUUGCUUCAUUCUAAUGUUGUUCCUAGCGGUAGCCGGAAAAGUGAGGUACUAUGAGAUUGAGAAUGAUCAUGUUUUUGUAAUGCCAUGGAUUUUACCGGCUAUAAGGAGUGACCUACUACUUUUGGAGAAUCAGGUUCCUUACUUUCUUCUUCAAACUAUAUUCGAAAGAUCAAAGAUAGAAUCCUCGAGUGGGCUAAAUAUGUUUACAUUUCAUUUUUUCAACUACUCGUUACAAAAGCCAAAAGAGUUUUGGUUAAAACACCAAAAACUUGAGGCAAAUCAUCUUCUUGAUUUGAUUCGAAAGAUUUUUAUGCCUGUCGAAGAAGGAAAACAAGAAUCAGAUUCACUCGAAGAAGAAGAUCCUGCAGGCCGCCCUCAUCUGAAAAUGAUUCUUUCAGCAAGAAAACUUCAGUUGAAGGGGAUAAAGUUCAAACCGAGGAACAAUGCUGAAACACUCUUGGACAUAAGGCUUAAGGGAAAAUACCUCGAGAUACCGGUGUUGAUCUUGGAUGAUUUUCUCAUUUCCGUCUUCAUUAAUUGUGUUGCCUUUGAGCAUUUUUAUUUUUAUUGUCAGAAGCACAUAACGAGCUAUGUAGCUUUUAUGGGAUGUCUUCUCAAAAGCGAGGCUGAUGCUAUGUUUCUAAGCGAAGUAGGGAUUCUUGAGAACUAUUUCGGGUCAGGGGAUGAAGUCUCUCGAUUCUUUAAGAUUGUCGAUAAAGAUGUUAACUUUGACAUCGGUGAAAGUUACUUAGAUGAUGUUUUCGAAGGAGUUAAUAAGUAUACUUCACGAGGAUGGCAUGUUCAAUGGGCAGGAUUCAAGCAUACCCAUUUUGAUAGUCCUUGGACUGCUCUUUCAUCUUGCGCUGCUUUGACGCUUGUCAUUCUCACGAUAAUUCAAGCAUUCUUUGCUACGUAUGGCUAUUUUCAUCCUCCCAAGUGA